GGGCGGAGUCGGUGACGCGCGCAGAGGCCGUUUGUGAAUGAGCAGCAGAUCGGAGCAGCAGCCCUCAGAGCAAGCUGAGUCCCAGCCAAGCGACGGGAGCAGAGCAGAGCAGAGCAGAGCAGAGAGGGGAAAGAAAAGUUUUUUCCAAAUGGAUUUCCUCGGUAGAGUCCGACAUUUGCUGUUCUCAUGUGUGCUCAUUAACGGGAUAUUGGUUACCUUCCAGGCUAAAGAAGAGGUGCUUUUGGAUAUGAAGGCAACUGGAGGGGAGCUGGGCUGGCUGACUUGGUCCCCAAACCAGGGAGACAGAUCUGGGUGGGAGGUCACCCAGAGAACCCUGAACGGCUCUCAAUUUUACACCUACUCCAUAUGCAACGUCGAGGAGCGCGAGCAGGACAAUUGGCUGCGCACCACCUUCAUCCAGAGGCGUCCGUCCGUCUCUCAGGUCUUUGUGGAGCUUCAGUUCAUUGUGCGUGACUGCAACUCAUUCGAUGGAGCCUCGUUGACCUGCAAGGAGACCUUCAACCUGUAUUCGAGCGAUGCGGACGCAGACGUAGGCACGGCCUUCCGUAAAGGUCAGUUCAGGAAGGUUGCCACCGUCGCUCCAGAUGAGAUAACGAAGAAAAAUGGCAUACGCAUCAACACGGAAACAAAAGUUGUGCAAAGCUUGUCCCAGAAGGGUUUCUACUUGGCCUUCCAAGACAUCGGAGCCUGCAUCGCUCUCCUCUCUGUCAGGGUGUACUACAAGACUUGCCCGGCCACAACAAAGAGCCUCGCUUCGUUCCCUGAGACGGUAGCUGGAGGUCUCAACCAGCAGCUCAAGAAGGUCUCUGGGAAGUGUGUGGACAAUGCUUACAGCGAGGACUUGCCCCACAUCUACUGCACUGCGGAGGGAGAGUGGGUGGUUCCAGUCGGACAGUGCCAAUGCGAUGCUGGGUUUGAAGAGGUUGAAGACGCCUGUCAAGAGUGUCAGCCAGGCUUCUUCAAAGCUGAGGCGUCCAGGGACAAGUGUGAACCAUGUCCUGCCAACACCCAGAGCCAGGACUCCAGGUCUUUGUUCUGUGUGUGCAUGGAUGGCUUCUACCGGGCUCUUACAGACCCCGUGACUGGACCGUGCUCAGGCCUCCCUUCUGCACCUCGAGGUCUGGUGGCCACUCCCAACUCUCUUACUCCGGGAAAACUCCUGCUCUCCUGGCAGCCCCCCGAAGACACCGGCGGUCGAAGCGACAUCACCUACAGCGUCGAGUGCCACCGUUGGGAGGGCUCGCAGCACCUGCCCUGUGGAGAGAAAAUUCGCUAUGACCCAGCAAACACGGGCUUGCUUGACACGAAGGUGUCAGUGAGUGAACUGGAUCCUUACUUGAACUACACCUUCACUGUGGAGGUGCACAGCGGCGUGUCCAUGUUUCCCAGUCAACCAAUGCCGCGCAGUUUCAAGCCGCAGUCCUCUGCCGCGCUGAACACAUCCCUUCACUACACAGACCCGCCCAAAAUUACAUCGAUGCGUCUGGUCGAGCGGGACUCCACCAGUUUGUCUCUGUCCUGGGACGUUUUCCCUCGUCCACGGGUCCAGUCCCAGCCAAUCCGCUACGAACUCGCCUACCGCAAAAAGGACAAUAAAAUCGACGUAACUACAUACGUGGUGCUGAAGCUGGAGAAAAACUCUGUGCAGAUCAGCGAUCUCUCACCAGGCACAGCCUACCUGGUCAAGGUCCAGGCCCUGGGUGAUGACGGCAACCAAGGAGUUUCCAGCUUGGAGGAACAAUUUGAGACGCUGUCUGAAGGUCAGCUCAACAAGACUGCUGUUAUCCUUGCUGGGGUGGUUGCAGGAGUAGUCACGCUGCUCAUUCUGAUCGUCAUCGUUUUCCUGCACAGACGAACCAUCUCCCUGUGGCUCGCAGAGCAAUUAAAACCACUAAAGACGUACGUGGAUCCACAUACGUACGAGGACCCCAAUGUAGCCGUCCUCAAGUUUGCCACUGAAAUCCACCCGAGCCACAUAAGCAAACAGAAAGUCAUCGGAGCUGGCGAGUUCGGAGAAGUUUACAGAGGCUCCCUGAAAGCGCCUGGGAAGAAAGAGGUGGCGGUGGCGAUAAAGACGCUGAAGCCCGGCUACACAGAGAAGCAGAGGCAGGAUUUUCUGAGCGAAGCCUCCAUCAUGGGACAGUUUUCCCACCAGAACAUCAUCCGUCUGGAGGGAGUGGUGACCAAAUUUAAACAUGCGAUGAUCGUGACUGAAUUCAUGGAGAACGGAGCACUGGAUAGAUACCUGAGAGAUCAUGACGGGGAGUUCUCGUCUCACCAGUUGGUGGGAAUGCUGCGUGGCAUCGCCGCAGGCAUGAAGUACCUUUCUGAAAUGAGCUACGUUCACCGUGACCUGGCUGCCCGCAACAUCCUGGUCAACACAGCCCUGGAGUGUAAAGUUUCGGACUUUGGCCUUUCCCGGGUGCUUGAGGACGAACCUGAGGGGACCUACACCACCAGCGGAGGCAAGAUCCCCAUCCGCUGGACGGCCCCGGAGGCAAUAGCCUACAGGAAGUUCACCUCGGCAAGUGAUGUGUGGAGUUUCGGCAUUGUCAUGUGGGAGGUCAUGGCGUUUGGGGAACGGCCUUACUGGGACAUGAGCAACCACGAGGUGAUGAAGGCCAUCAAUGAGGCGUUCCGGCUGCCAGCGCCCAUGGACUGUCCGUCGGCCGUCUACCAGCUGAUGCUUCAGUGCUGGCUUCAGGAUCGCGCCAAGAGGCCGCGUUUCGGAGACAUCGUCAGUCUGCUGGACAAGCUCCUGCGCAGCCCAGACUCACUAAAGACCAUCGCAGACUUUGAUCCACGGGUUUCCAUCCGCCUGCCCAGCACCAGCGGCUCGGACGGCUCCCCCUUCAGGUCGGUGUCCGAGUGGCUCGAGUCCAUCAAGAUGAGCCAGUACAGCGAGAACUUCACCCGCGCCGGCGUCGUCACUAUGGACCAGGUGCUGCAGAUGAAGAAUGAGGACAUUAAGAACAUCGGCGUGCGACUGCCCGGCCAUUUGAAGAGGAUAGCUUACAGCAUCUUGGGCUUGAAGGACCAGACCAGCACCCUGAGCGUGUUUGCUGUGUGAUCCUCCGAAUGAAAGGGAUGUGAAAUUGGACACAGGCAACCCUUUGAACUCCCCGGCCAAGCUGGAGCGUUCUGCGGGGAACGGCACCCAAACGGCAGAACUAGGAGAGAAAUGUGCCAAGCUUUUGGGCCAAAUUGAACAGAAUAAUUUUCUGUUCCUUCUAUAGUUUUUCUUUUUUUUUUUUUUUUUACCCACAGGGAAACGGAGCACAUACCUUCAACAGAUGUGUAAUGUAGACUUUUGAUAUUUAAAUAGCUAUUUUUGUACUAUAGUUGUCUUCCGUACGGAUGCGAUUCGUCGCUCAUUCACUUUCGUCCGUUUUCCAUUCCUGCUUCAGCUUUAUGAAAUUGCACCCUGAGUUUGUUACGAAAUGAACAGGGAGAACGUUUGUAAGAGCAGCAGAGUCCAGUCAGAGUUCAGAUUAUGAGUCUCUCACUGAUUGGCUCUCAGGAGGAUGAAAUGAGUUUGAGCUAAUUCAGAUUUAGGGUUAAAAAAAUAAAACAGGUUGUGAAUGUUUCUGCUGGUUCUGUGCAGAAAUUAAGCUAUGAUCUUAUGGGUGGUGUUUAUAUACAAAAAAAACAAAACAACAACAAAAAAAACACA